CAGACCCUGCUGUUCGCGCCCAGUUGUGCUUGGAUUUGUGGACUUUGCUCUGCUUGUAAAUGCUGGGAUGCCGUUACUGAGCGUGUGAAAGUGCCUGCAGCUGUAGUGCUUGCUAUGCCACGGAGUCUCAUGUCCAGCGAGGAGGAGAUGGCUCAGAGUUUCUCCGACUCAGGCAGCUCGGAUUCGGACAGCCUGAGAGACGAGCGGCCGUGUGUGGAACGCCCGAGUAGCAGCCGCAGCGACUCGCUGCUCAUCUGCGUGGUUAUCCCUGAUCUGCAGCAGUCUAGAUCCAUGAGGUUCAAGUCUGACUGUACGGUCUGGGCAGCCAAACAGCAGAUCCUGUGCACGCUAACGCAGAGUCUGAGAGAUGUGUUGAACUAUGGCCUCUUCCAGCCAGCUGUGGAUGGGAAAGAGAGCACCUUCCUGGAGGAGGAGAAGCUCCUGCGAGAUCACUCGUUCCCCACCAGCAAGGACACGCCCACCCUCGAGUUUCGUUACAAGAGCCGAGUGUACCAGCAUGCCAACAUCAAUGAAAAACAGAUCGAAAAGCUCCAUACGCAGGCCAACCUCAAGAAGUUUCUGGAAUACAUUCAACAUCACCAGGUGGAUAAAGUGACGAAGCUGCUAGAACGAGGUCUCGACCCCAACUACCAUGACUCAGAUACUGGAGAGACUCCUUUGACACUAGCUGCCCACUUGGACAACAUGGUGGACAUGAUAACAGCGCUGAAGAACGGAGGAGCUCAUUUAGAUUUCCGCGCUCAGGACGGCAUGACCCCGCUGCAUAAAGCCGUCCGAGCCAAGAACCAGAUCACUCUUAAGGCCAUGCUGGAACUGGGAGCUUCGCCGGAUUAUAAGGAUGGUCAGGGCCUGACUCCGCUCUACCACACCGUGACUGUAGGGGGUGACCCAAGCUGCUGUGAGAUAUUACUACAUGCUCAAGCCACUUUGACCUGCCAUGACGAGAACGGCUGGCACGAAAUCCAUCAGGCUUGUCGAUAUGGCCAUGUCCAGCACUUGGAGCAUCUCCUGUUUUACGGAGCGGACAUGCGUGUCCAGAACGCCUCUGGCAACACUGCACUCCAUAUCUGUGCCCUCUACAAACAGGAGAACUGCGCCAGAGUUUUGCUGCUUCACGGAGCCAGCAAGGAGGUGAAGAACUAUCGUGGGCAAACUCCCUUCCAGGUGGCCAUCAUCGCAGGGAACUUUGAGCUGGCAGAGUUCAUAAAGAACCACAAAGACAACAGCAUCGUGCCUUUCCGAGAGGCUCCGGCAGCAGCGGUGAGUUCAGGCAGGAGCAGACCUCAGCAGGCUCAUCCAGGCCGGAGCACUCUGGCCGCACCUCGCGUGCUCCUGCGCUCCAACAGCGACAACAACCUGAACGUUAACAAGCUCUCAGCGCCACACACGCCCUCGCGCUCGCCCUCGCCCGCACGCUCGCCGUCGCCUUCGCCCCUGCGCAGCUUUUCACCCCGCAGGCCCCAGCAGAUGCAGAACAGCUCCAAUGGCACGGUAAAGAGCAUGGGCCGGGGGGCCAGGCACCCCCCGCGCAGCCGCUCGCCCUCGCUGGGCCGCCUGGGAGACGGCGACGCCCGCAGACACCCGCCCCAGCGCCACAGCAGUCCACGUCCAGGUCGUGAUGGUUUCUCUGGGGCAGAGACUCCGGGAUCCAAGCGCCGGCUGUACAGCGCUGUGCCUGGGAGACACUACGUGGUGGUAAAGUCUUAUCAACCUCAGGCUGAGGGAGAAAUCGCCCUGUACAAGAACGACAGAGUCAAAGUGCUAAGUGUUGGAGAAGGGGGAUUCUGGGAGGGCAGUGCUCGAGGUAAUGUCGGUUGGUUUCCCUCUGAGUGUGUGGAAGAAAUCCCCAACAAAUCUAACGAGGACCGGCCUUAUGCCCGAGCGGACCGAUCGGAGAGGCGGAAGCUCUUUCGACACUACACCGUGGGAUCGUAUGACAGCUUUGAUGCUUCGAGUGACUGCGUCAUCGACGAGAAGACUGUGGUCCUGCAGAAGAAGGAUAACGAGGGCUUCGGCUUCGUGCUGAGAGGGGCAAAAGCUGAUACCCCAAUUGAGGAGUUCACCCCGACCCCAGCCUUCCCUGCCCUGCAGUACCUGGAGUCUGUGGAUGAGGGUGGGGUAGCAUGGCAGGCUGGACUGCGCACCGGAGACUUCCUUAUCGAGGUUAACAAGGACAACGUGGUGAAGGUGGGCCACAAACAGGUGGUUAAUAUGAUCCGUCACGGGGGAAAUCAUCUCAUCAUCAAAGUCGUGACUGUCAGCAGAAAUCCUGAUCCUGAUGAUACGGCACGAAAAAAAGCUCCGGCCCCUCCAAGGAGAGCCCCAUCCACUGCACUGUCCACACGCUCCAAAUCCAUGACCUCAGAACUGGAGGACUUGGAUAAAGUGGAGGAGGUUGUCCCACCCCAGAAACCGGUGUGGGACAAUGCGAACGUGGACGUGAGGGUGGCAGCUGUUAAACCACGCCCCACAAGCAGGUGCUUUGCUGUGGCCCCAGAAAUGAAUUCACUGUGCAACAGCCAGGAUAUAUCAGUGGAUUCCCCAUCGGUAACAGCAACUCCUAAAGGCCCGUUCUUGGGAAUACCAAAAGGAACCAUCCGCAGACAGACAUCGAUAGGGGUAACUGAAGAAGAAAAGCAGUUCCUCACUCCUCCUAUGUUAAAAUUUACAAGAAGCCUAUCAAUGCCUGACACAUCAGAGGACAUUCCCCCACCACCAGCUAUUUCCCCUCCAUCUCCUCCCCACAACAAUGCACCCACACCUGCUGGACAUGGUUAUGGCACAAUCCGACCAGGCUUCACCCCUCAAAGUCCUACUGUGAACAAUGCUCCUUCAGAAAGAACAGAGGCAAGCCUUGGUUCAGGUUGGAGAGACCAAGGAAUGUAUUACAGAGAAAACUCUGAACAGUACGAUGCAGAAAACUACAGCAACAGUCCAACUGCUCAGCAGAGCCUUCAUAUGCGCCGGGCUCAGGUUCCUGAGAACCCAUACUCGGAUGUUGGAAAAAUGGCUAAUGCUGCUCUGUUUGUUCCAAACAAGCCUGCACGGAGAAAGGGCAUGCUUGUGAAACAGUCUAAUGUAGAGGACAGCCCAGAGAAGACCUGCUCCAUCCCUAUACCCACCAUUAUUAUCAAGGAGCCCUCCACCAGCAGCAGUGGAAAGAGCAGCCAGGGCAGCAGUAUGGAGAUUGAGACGACUACACCCGACCACCCGGGCCAGCUCCGCCCAGAGGACAGCCUCGGUUCAGGAAGCCCUUUUGCAACUGCCAUGGCUUCUAGUACGGUCAGGGAAAAACGGCUGGAGGUUCACAGAAAUUCCCCAUCUUUCAGAUCCACGGAUGCUGGUGAUGAGGAUGUGGCUCCCGCUCCUACCCCUCGUUUGCGACACUCAAAAUCCAUUGAUGAAGGCAUGUUUAGCAGCGAUGAGCGUCUGCGCCGGCUCAUGGCUCCCCCUUCCUCCCUGCUCAGCAUUCCUCGAGGAGGGGGUAACGUGACCGACUUCAACAGCCCAGAACCCACCAUGGUGCGGGAGGUACUCAACACAAGAACAGGUCAGAGUCCCAUCAGCCUGCCAGCUCACAAGACCUACAGCUCAGGGAGCGGUAACUAUGUUCACCCUGUCACUGGAAAACCGCUAGACCCCAAUUCUCCAUUAGCCUUAGCAUUAGCUGCCAGAGACCGGGCCAUGAGAGAGCAGUCACAGCCUAUGCCACUUAAGAGUGACCAAUUAAAACUGGACCUAAACAAGCCCCUUUUCAUUGACACAAAACUCCGGCCCAGUGUCGAAGUGAGUUUUUCCAGCACUGCCACCAUGGGCAGGCCACGGGGAGGCCUGCGGAGACAGAUGACAGAGUCCAAGUAUGAGACUGAGUCCAAGUUUCAGCUGGACCUGGGCAAGCCUGAGAAAAGGCCAGAGGAAAAGAAGAACAUGAUGAUUGACAUCGUGGACACAUCCCAAAAGAAGUCAGCAGGGCUUCUUAUGGUCCAUACAACAGAUGGGGCCAAAACUGAGGAGAACAGUCUGUCGGAAGGAGAGAGAGAUGAGGAUGUUUGUCCUGACAGCACACCUGGGGAGCUUCGUGAUCCCAAUCAGCCAGCUCCUGCAAAGCCUGCAACACCAAAGCCUCUCUCUGCUGUGCCACCAAAAACCAUGAUCUCUGUCAGCUCUGUAGAUGAGCCUGUCAAACUCCCCUUUGGUAUCCCUCCACCACCUCUAGCGUCUGUUGACAUCGAUGAGGAGUUUGUGUUUGCUGAGCCUCUGCCUCCUCCAUUAGAGUUUGCCAACAGUUUUGACAUCCCAGAAGAUCAAUCAGGGGCACUCAAUGUGCUACUCAAACAGAAAUCCAACGGCAUGAGUGGACCAUCACUUGCUCCCUAUUAUACCCAUUUAACCACAAGCAACUCCCGAGAUCAGGAGAUCAAGAGAUCAACAGUUCUCACUAACUGCACACCUCCCAGUUUUCCUACAGGACCUCUGGAACCCUAUGAGCCCAUUAUUGACUCAGGCAUUGAAGUGGACAGCCGGAGCAGUGGAGACCCCCAACUGGAGACCACGAGUACGGUCUCCACUGUAUCCAGCAUCUCCACCUUAUCGUCAGAAGGAGGAGAGACCCUGGACACUUGCAUGGUCUAUGCAGACGGUCAGGCCUUUUUGGUGGACAGGGCACAGGUUCUGCCCAAGCCUAAAGCCAAGUAUGCCGUCAACAAGAGCAACGCACUUUACAAGGACGCCUUAAAUGAGGAGACCAUAAGCUCUUUCAGGGUGCCCUCCUCAAUCCCCCCACCACCCCUGGGAACCGCCCCACCAGAGCCUCUAAAAACCCCAACACAAAGAACCUCAAAGCUUUGGGGUGAACCUCUGGAUCUGAAAAACCCCCAUGGACCAGAGACAAAACCCCAAGGCUUUACUGAAAUAAACUCUGUUCUGCAACAUGUCAGCAAAGACAAAGCACCAAAGCCAGGGGAAGCGCUAGACUCUCCCCCAGGAUGUAGAACUCACUUUGGAUUGAGAAAUCAGGACGGUGUGUCCCUCAUCUCAGGAACUCAGCCGAACCCCGGUGUGUCCUUCACCAAUCAGCCCGGCCCGAACGUGCCUGUGCCAUCACCGUGCCGACAGGCUGAGAGUUUGCAUCAUCACCACCAUCCCUCAAGCCCAAGUAUCACAUCCCCUCCUCCAAUUCUGAGUUGCUCAUCAUCCUCCUCCUCUCUACCUGCGGUGAGCACCUCGUCCUCUGUACAGGGCCGAAGUCGCUCACCUUCGCCACUCUCGUUCCUCCAGGCUGCCUCCGGCAAGCCAUUCGCCACCAAGGCAGUGCUUUCAUGGACAAAAGAGGAUGUGGCUGACUGGCUGGAAAGCCUCAACCUGGCCGAGCACAGAGAUGCCUUCCUGGAGAACGACAUAGAGGGCACACACCUGCCCAGCCUGCAGAAACAGGACCUAAUUGACCUGGGAGUGACGCGCGUUGGUCAUCGCAUGAAUAUCGAGCGAGCACUCAAGCUGUUGCUCGACAGAUGAGACUGGGACAGCACAAGCCUUCUUUUGUUCUUGAGCUUCAUUUGUUCCUCGCUCAUUUUUGUUUUGCUUAUUUUAUUACCUUGGUUUUUUUUUCCCUGUCAGCUGGAAAGGAUUUCUAGAGAACCCUCAUAUCCUGAAGAAAAGGUUCUGACAAGGUGUUAAAGAUGUGCACAAAGCUCUUUGUACCUGAAAGUUCCAGCCAGUGAUGGGCCAUGACAAGCCAAACACGCUGUACAGUCCACACACACACACACACACACACACACACUAGAGCUCAUUGCUGUUUUGGGGUUUUAUGGACUCAGGCCUCAUGUGAAUGAACUGAAGAACCAGCAGAGCUGGCCUUCCAUUUUCUAUCUUUGCUAAGACAAUUAACCAGAGAAUAUUUCUUCAGCAAAAAGGGAAGGAUCAUCUGUGUAUUGGCUGAAAAGUCAUACUUUUUUUUUCUUCCUUCUACAUAUUUGACCAGGAUGUAUAUGAAUUUUUAAGAUGAGCACAUUUGGUACCAUGCUGUUCCUCAGUUCACAUGUUCAUGACCACAGCAUCUUCACCAGAAACAUGAACGCAUCACUUGUGUGUGUGUGUGUGUGUGUUGACAUGAUGAUUUUUCCAUCUCUUUGUUUUUGAUUGCAGUAAAACAUAAGGUAUUUGUGAAUGGGUCAAAAUCACUCAAGUCUUUCUGAAGUGUAAUAUCUUCUGAUAUUGCUCGUCUUCCACAUUGUGAGGUUUGACUGCAUUCUUGCCAUUCACUUGAGUUCCUAACAUCCUACUAGGCUAGAGUGCUCCAGUAUUCCUUCACUUUUCUUAGAUCAUCUUCCAGCUGUUUUUCUUUGUGUUGUCAUUACGAUGACUGGCGAGUACUUGAUUAAAAUGGAUUAAGAGAGCAGAGAUGUUUAUGUAAGGUUUAGAGAAUUAUGCUUGAAAAUUUAAAGAGUUGCCUUUAGAGAAACACCACUGAUGUUUCAGCAUACAGCUGUUAGGUAUGAGUCUACACUUGAUCCAAUGACCAGAAUGUCUGUCUACACUGCAGGCAACGAUAUCACACAUAUACUGUCUCAAAUUGUAAAACGGUCAGUGGUUUACUAGCUAUAGUUUUAGAGAUGUUUUGUGAUUUGAAUGCCAGUGAGUGAGUCUUCUUUUUUCCAACAUGUCGCUUUAGGCAAUCUGUAACUGCACUGAAUCUUUCUUUCUUUCUUUCUUUCUUUCUUUCUUUCUUUCUUUCUUUCUUUCUUUCUUUCUUUCUUUCUCUCUCUCUCUCUCUCUCUCUCUCUCUCUCUCUCUCUCUCUCUCUCUCUCUCUCUCUCUCUCUCUCUCUCUCUCCAGCUGUAUGGUUUACAGAUUACUCAUCCCUGCAGUGCUGCUUUGUUCUUACUUUUGUGUUUGGAGAUAAUCAUGACCUUUUUUUCGCCAUGGUGGGAAAAUUUAGCUUGAUUGUUGCUUACAUUUAUUCAUUUGGCAGAAUCAAAGUGAGGCAGAAUCUAAUCUAAGAAUAAAGCUGAGCUUAAGAAAGGUUAAAGAGCAACUCCAACGACUUUCAAGGAAAAAAACGUUUUGAGAUCUGUCAUCUCUUAUUUUUAUUAUGCCAGGCACUGGCCUUGGAGUAAAAGUAUGUGAAGUCUUUGUGCUGGCCGACGAGACACAAACAUGCCCGUUGUUUUGUUUCAGAGGUUUACCGUAGGUUUAUUCAUUUCCUAAAAACCACGGGCGGAAGCCGCAGGUACGAUCAGCAAUCGAGUGUAGUGUGUAAUUGUGUAAAAUUCCUUCAAACACAUCCAACGUCAUCCGAUGAUGAAGGUCUGAAGUGAGUGGACAGACACAAUCAUCACAGGGGGAAACAGCUAGCUUCGUUUACAGCAGAUUGUUGGAUGUGGAGGAUUUUUAUAAAUUAAGAAAUUAGAAAUCAUUAGCAAGAUUUCACAAUCAAUGUUAGCUCAAAUCCAUUAAAAUGUUUUCACUGAAAAGAAUCUAAAAACAAGAAAAACCUGACCAAGGAGGGGUCAAUAACAGUGACCUAAAAAUAGUGCAGAAUCCUGAAAAUAACGCUAUUAACCAUUUCCUUUCUUUGUUCUAAAAACUCUACGCAGUUUAUUUGUGUAGCACUUUUAACAAUUGUUAGAGAAAAGUUUCUCAGAGACUUAGAUGUAGAUUUAGAUUCCUGGUGAGCGAAUGAACGGCAGCAUCAACAUGGAUUAUAAACUCCUUGAGACGACACUGAGAAGUCUUCCGUUUUAAAUGUAAAGUGUAUAUCAAGUUUUAAAUGUACCACAUAUAAUAGAUUUUCCAAUGUGGUUUCAGACUUUUGGACCCCACUGUUCAAAAAGAAAUAACUGAACUGGUCAGAAUUUGGGGCAGCACUAAAAUAAAGCACACACCUUUAGUGCAGGUCAAGCUUUUCGGUUCACACGUGUAUUACUGCAGUAUAUGAAAUGAUUGAUUUAUCAUUCGCAGCACUUUAUUAACACGUGAAAAUAAAAUGUGACAGAUAACAGCAACAGUGUGUGUUAGAGAGCAGACAGAUAAGUGAUGUCGAGGGAACAAACACUGCAGGUUUUUAUAAAGUCAUAAAGACAGCCAUGGGAGUCGAAGUCCUCAUCACAUCAGGGCUUCCAGCAUGACACUGAUGUUUUAACACAAGGGGCGAGACAAACAGGAAACAAGACGCUGGAGUUGCUCUUUAAGGACCUUUCUUAUAGGUUCAGUGUUGGCUCUCAUACAGCAGCACAGAACCUUACACACUGACAUGAUCUACACUAUAUUGCCAAAGGUUUUGGGACGUCUGCCUUUUCAUGCACAUGAAUGUAAUAUGGAGUUGUCCCGCCCUUUGCAGCUAUAACAGCUUCAACUCUUCUGGGAAGGCUUUCCACAAGGUUUAGGAGUGUGUUUAUGGGAAUUUCUGACCGUUCCUCUAGAAGCACAUUUGUGAGGUCAGGCACUGAUGUUGGACGAGAAGGUCUGGCUCGCAGUCUCCACUCUAAUUCAUCCCAAAGGUGUUCUAUGGGGUUGAGGUCAGGACUCUGUGCAGGCCAGUCAAGUUCCUCCACACCAAACUCACUCAUCCAUGUCUUUAUGGACCUUGCUUUGGUCACUGGUGUGCAGUCAUGUUGGAACAGGAAGGGGUCAUCCCCAAACUGUUCCCACAAAGAGCAUGAAAUUGCCCAAAAUGUCUUGGUAUGAAGCUGAAGCAUUAAGAGUUCCUUUCACUGGAACUAAGGGGCGGAGCCCAACCCCUGAAAAACAACACCUGAACUCAAUGAUCUGGAGGGGUGUCCCAAAACUUUUGGCAAUAUAGUGUAUAUAAUAUUUUAUUUAUCUAACACAGCACCAGCAAAACAAUACAGCUAAUUAAAGGAAAACUCCAUCCUGUAUGAAAUGAAAAUUAUUUUUUGGAAUUUCGUGACAUCCAAGUUCACGUCAACAUUUUGGCUUUAGUUCCCUUUCCUACAUGUGCAGUACAGUUGGACUAAACCCAUGCUUGAAAAAAAAAACCAAGAUGCAGUGACAGUCCUGCAGUCUGUCCAGCUCUCUCACCUGCUCAAGCUUUCAGCGCCCGUCUUUCAUCUUUUGUUAAAAGAUUGUUAGCGCCGCUAAUGGCAUCAGGCUCAUCAUCUCAUCAUCACUAACUCGGCGCAACGGCGUCGUACCGCUGUGUUGAAUUCUGGAGCUUUAAGUCUCACCACAUUGGGUUUAUUUCUCUUAAAUACGACGAUACUCAGCAUUGAAAAAUCGAACAGUCAAACCUGACUGUUAUCAGUUUGAGAUUAUUUUUUUCCUCCUAUUAGAACGCCCAAACAUCCUUCUGUGACAUCGUCCACGAACGUCCGCUUCACCUUCUCACAUGAAACGCAGCACCACUGCAGAUACUUCACUAUAAAGACAUUACAUGUGUAUCAGGGUGGAGUUUUGCUUUAUCUGAUUUCAGCAAGGAGAAAGUGUCCGGUCAGCAUCUCAUUACUGGUCAUUGAAUCCUAUUGAAAUCAAACGUCACAUCACGCACGCUGUUCAUACGAGUGAGAAAUGAUUAUUAUGUUGUUAUGAUUUUGCAUCUCCGGGCAGGAUCGUGUGUGUUUUCUUUGUCCUGUGUUUACAUGUGAACUGAGGGAGGGUAAAGAGAGGGCAGUUAAACACACAGCGGUGUAAGUAUGCAGUGAACAAAGUGCAGCAACGUGUUUGCUUAUCUUUACCUUAGAGGAGUUAGCGUUAUCGAUCAUCUCUAUAUAGCUUAUUUUAGGAGAAAAAAAAACAGCACAGUAUUUUAAAGAUUUAUAGAAAUAUUUGAGAUUUGUAUGACAUUUAACUGACUUGUGGUGUGCCAAAAAUUGAUGUGACAUCGGUUAAGAAGCAAUACACACUCUUAAGGGAAACUGUUUGGGUUUUUUUUUCUUGGUUUAUUUUAUUUUAUUUUUUGGGUUUUUGCCAGUAUUCCACGUACAGUAUAUCAAUGCUAUUUCAAUCAAUCAAGAAUUUAUAUAUAGGUCUCAGUGAAAUAGAAAAUAUUUAAAUAUUGAGCUAAUGGCUGUCACCUGCUUCUUUUAGAUCCUGUAAUUAAAAGAUGAAGUUAAAAUUUAGAAUUUGUGUUGUGUGAAUAAUUUACAAGAAAAAAAUCACGUUAAAACUCACCUGUGAGGCUUUCUGACGCAGAUACAUGACAUUUUAGAUGAAAAUAUAUAGUGAUGCAUCUAAGACGUCGAACCUCAUAACAUUUAGACAGGAAUCCUUAUCGGAAUACAUGCAAAGAAACGUCACACGUGUUGUACUGACCCACGUUGUUUUGUGCUGCAGAUCCUUUUUAUUUAUUUCUGUCGAAAGAUGAAAAAGAAAAGUUGAUGUGAGCGGACGAGUUUCCUCUUAUAUCCUAAAUGUCUAUCUUAGGACAAAGCAGGAAGUAAUAAAUAUACAAACUGAUGUGA